AUGGUUAAUAAUAGUGUCAAGGGCAAAGCAUGCGAAUUCUCCAUCGAUAUAUUUCUAGGCAUAUAUUAUCCUGGGUUGAUUAAACAAAUAAUGAUGUUUAAUUUUCAUAAACCAAAAGUUUACCGCUCACCCACGGGAUGCUGCAUUUGCAAAGCCAAAUCAAGCAGUUCUCGGUUUACCGACAGUAAAAAGUACGAAUCUGAAUUUGCGAAGUGUUUCCUACUAAAAGAACCUCGCACCGGUGAAAUUUGUAACGCAUGUGUUCUUCUGGUUAAACGUUUCAAAAAGCUACCUCCUGGUUCACUAAGAAAUUGGUUUUAUACCGUGGAUAGUCGUGGAGGACCUGGCGUUAAAUCGUCAUCGAAAUAUAAAUCUAAGAAAAAGAAAAAACCUAAAGAUAUUCCUGAAAAAAUUGUUAAAAAGAAACAUGUUUAUGUUAAAUCUGAAGAUAGAGAGCGUAGCCCUGUGAUAAAUGACGAUGUAAAUGAUGAAUUUUUAAAUGGCAAUGGAAGCAAAGAAUCUAGUAGAUCUGGAAGUCCCGAAGAAUGUGAUGAUAUCGAAAUGAUUGAAAGCACACCAACUGAAAAGCAUCCUAUCGACAGUAACGAAGAAUUAGCUUAUAGUUUCAUCGAUUUGGACUAUUUUAGAAGGACUACAAUUUGUUGCGGAGUCAUAUUCAGAGGUCAAUAUGAUGAAAUUAUCGUAGUCCCAGAACUGAUUAAACGUUGUUCACCCUGCAUUAUGCGACAACAACAACGUAGAAAAAUAGAAAAAAAUAUUGCAGCUAAUAGUCCAUUCCAUAGCUCGGCAUCAACAAGCCCAGCUUACAGUGCAUCCUCGUCGAGUCCUGCUCACAGUCCUGACUCUACUACAGAUGCUGCUGGAACCAAAUCUACAGGUAAAGUGUUCAGUGAUAAUUCAUGGGAUUCUGGAUACGAUGAGUCUUCCAACCAAGGAGUUGGUGAGAAUAAAGUUGUCCAAAAUAAUCUAAAUAAUAGCACAAGCGUGACUGACACAACUAAUAAUAAUUCAGUCCAAGGAGUUCAAUUAAAAUCCACGCCGCCAACAGAAACUGUCAGAUUAGUUCAAGUACCAAUUAAAGUGAUAAAACCAGCUGAAAAAUUCGGAAACAAAUCAACUCUUUUAUCAUCUAAAAGUCUGACUAGUACAAACAGCCAUUCUCAUACGAUAAUAGGUAAUCCUCUUGAUGAUUUCGCUACUCAUGCUGUAGCGAGACAAUCUGUCAUUAAUUAGUAUCG